AUGCUCAGCGGCGGCGCCCACACCGGUGGGUUCACUCGAGACGGUCCGGCGCCAAGCAAAGAGGAGCGCCGGUUACCAGAGCCUGCUGUGUGGCGGAUACUGCGGGAUACUGCUGGAUACUGGCCAUCUCUGAUGCGGAUACUGGGAUACUCCUGGAGGACCAAGUAG